AUGGCGGAUAUCAGUAACUACGCCAUCAAUGUCCCCGCGGAACAGCUCAAGCUGCUCAGCGACAAACUAGCCAUCGCAACAUUCCCGACUCCCGUCGACUUCAGCGACGACUGGAACUACGGCGUUCCUCUGGAGGACAUCAAGCGACUGGCUCAUUACUGGGCCAAUGGCUUUGACUGGAGAGCUCAGGAGGCCAGACUGAACAAGCUGCCGCAAUUCUCAACAAAAGUCGAUGUUGAUGGGUUUGGCUCGCUGAGCAUACACUUUGUUCACAAACGCAGCCACAGAGAGAAUAGUAUCCCGCUGCUGUUCUGUCAUGGCUGUGGCGAUUGGGGCUUUGCCGUUACCCGUAUGAUGGGCAUAUUAUAUCCCCAGAAUGUGCUGGCAUCACAUUUGAACAUGUCAACGAAGCCAUCCACGAUUGGCAUGGCCUUGACCGACUCACCCAUCGCGCUUCUGAGCUGGAUGUAUGAGAAGCUGCACGACUGGACUGACGACUAUCCGUGGACCGAUGAUGAGAUCCUCACUUGGGUCUCCAUCUACCAAUUCUCCGUUGCUGGCCCUGCCGCCAGUGCUCGAAUCUACUACGAGAACAUCCACGCCAGCCGAGCCCUCACUAAGAAAAUCCUCGAGUACAACGAGGCGACCAAGCUAGGCCUUUCGUAUUUUCCUCGUGAUAUAAUGGUGCUCCCAUCGGCCUGGGGGCCCGUUGUGAAAAUGGCAGAAGAUUGCAGGGUAAGCGACCUCUGCACUCUGCACUGCCAUAUGCUCUCGGUACUCCGUACUCCGAGUCUGGUUCUGCUCCACAUUCCAUACCUCUCCACCAACAUGGCCCAUCAAGCCCAUAACAUUCCUUGGACCACUUUGUCGUCCUGCCUCUCCUGGCGCCUGUCGAACCGUUGCGAGGGUGGCGCGGCGGAUCUUCACUUGAAUCCCCGGCGCGACCGAGGCAAGAAGCUUAGGCACUUUACGACCGCGUUCGCGCGCAACAUACACGAGCAUGCUGAGUGCGAGAUUCGAAAACAUGCCGAUGACAGCAAUCCGCCGCCCGCACGAGACGAAGUGGUUGUAGACGAUGAUGCGGCUGCCCUGAUUGCGCCCAUCAUUAAACGAUGGAGACAGUCUGUUGAAUACCGCCUAGGCAUGAACAACACUCGGCUCGGCGCUUGUUCUCAUCAGAGCGACGACUGCGGCUGCGUUUUGCCUCGAGCAAGGCGUAAGAUGGCGGCCUUUACCGAAGUGUUUCAUGCACAAGGUUGCUACAGCGAUAUGCAUGUGGGAUCAAGCGGUUUCUUCAAUGCGGAGGUUUUCACGGCGAUGCUGCUACAUGGCCAGAUGCAAGCAUUGUUCCGCAUAUGCAGUCAUCCAGAGGUCGCCUUGCAGACUUGGUGGGAGGAGCGGGAGUGCCAGUGCGAAGAAUAUUUUGGAUGGUCUCGUGCCUCUAAUUCCGCGCUGGACGCAUACAUCUUGCUGAAUGUGCUGCUGCACUUUCCCCAGACUUGGGGAAAGGGACAGGCUGAUUACCGACGCUUGAAAACCUAUCAGGAGGUCGUGUACCGGAUCACCAAGGGUUCAGUCGACGAGCUGCCUGCCUACCCGCACCGCCGGUUCUUUGGCAUUGCGGACGGCCAGUUCAAAGAUAACGAUAGUUGGGACUCUCCGCAUUCGCGGGAGCGAUGGCUUCGACCAAAGUCAUCAAGGCGCUGGCGAGACACCGGGGGCAAGAGUCAAGGGUCUGUGUUGGGGCACAUCCCUUAUGAGGCUUUCGUCGACCUGGAUCAGAUUUCUGAGUACCUCCCUUCGAGCCAGGACGUUUCGCAUGUUCGAUGGGUUCUCUGCAAGAAAGGAUUACCAGCUGAAGUUGCCAACAUCAUCCUACAAGAAGCACGCUAUCAUGCCCAGCGUCGGCUCCCGGUGCCCGAUGAUCCUUUGCACUCGAAUAACAGCGACGAGUUGCGCAUGUACUUGACGUAUAACUGGCAGCUCAUCACCCGCAGUGCGGCACUCGGUGCACGCAUGGGGAUGCAGAUUGACUGGGAACAGCAGCUUGGCCUGCUCGCUGAGCGUAGCUGA